AUGAAUGCCGAUUCCUAUACCCAAAACAGGAAAGCGAGUUUCCCAAUAAAUAAUGUGCUAGCAGAAGAAACGGAAAAACUAGUUGAAACAUAUAAAUAUGAAGAUGACGUAGAUGACAUUUUAAAAAAAGGGGCUUCAAAAUUUAAAAGAAAUGGAAAAAAUAGUAUGGCAUUUCAUAAAUCUUUGGCUGUAGUAAACGUAGCAGCAGGUUUAGAUGGAUGUGAUGAUCAAUUAUUACCAGCAAGUUUUAGAGCGUUAGAAGCAGAUUUAAAUUUGCAUCCAUCUCUAUUAGGAUAUAUAACACUAGCCCAAACAUUAAUGUUAAGUUUAUUUAGUCCAAUAUGGGGUUUUUUGUCAGAUAAAUAUUCAAGAAAAUGGAUGUUAGUAUUUGGUACAGCAUUGUGGGGAUUAGCAACAAUAUUUUUAGCAAAUAUAAAUGACUUUGCACAUAUAAUAAUUUUUAGAGCAAUAAAUGGAUUAGCUUUAGGUAGUAUUGGUCCGAUAUCACAAAGUAUAUUAGCAGAUGCAGCAAAAAAUGAAUCUUUAGGAUUAUCUUUUGGUAUUGUACAAUUAUCUUCUAGUAUUGGUCGAUUAAUUGGAGGUGUCGUUACGACUACCGUUUCGAUGAAAUAUUUUGGAACAAUUCGAGGUUGGAGAUUAUGUUUUAUUAUAGUUGGUGCAUUAAGUAUAUUAUUAAGUAUUAUUGUUGCACUUUUUGUGGAAGAUGCACCGAGACAAGUAAGAAUAAAUAAAAAAGAAACAAAUUCAUAUAUGGAAGAAAGUAUAAUUGAUAAUAAUAAUGAAACAAUAGUAGAACCCAAACGAAGUCAAUCAUAUAUGUUAUAUCAAAAUGUUAGAGAGAUGCUUAUAGAUAGUUUGUCUAAAAAAAGUAUAAUAAUAAUAUUGUUAGAAGGAUUUACUGGUACAAUUCCAUGGCUAGCUUUAAGUUUUAAUACAAUGUUUUUUCAAUAUUGUGAUUUAAGUGAUUUACAAGCAGCUGUAAUAACAGGGUUUUUAUUAAUUGGGUCCGCUUUAGGAGGAGUAUUAGGAGGUCAUUUUGGUGACAUAAUGCACAAUAUAUCAAAUAAACAUGGUCGACCUUUUUUAGGUCAGCUAGCUAUGUUUGGUAGAGUACCGUUAGUUAUAUUAACAUAUUUAGUAAUACCUAAAAGAAAAGAAAGUUUUGAAUUAUUUGUUUUAUCUUGUUUUUUUUUGGGUUUGUCAUCUAUAGCUGGAGUAGCAGUUAAUAGACCAAUUGUAUCCGAUAUUAUAAGACCAGAUUAUAGAGGUACUAUUUUUUCACUAACUAUAGCUAUUGAAGGUGUCGGAUCCUCAUUAAUAGGUGCACCGUUAUUUGGUUAUUUAGCUGAAGAAGUAUUUAAUUAUAGAAAUAACAAUUUGUUAAUUUCUGAUAUGACUACAGAAUUUAGAAGUCAUAAUGCAGAAGCUCUUUCAAAAACAUUGUUAUAUCUUACUGCAGUACCAUGGAUUUUGUCUUUUAUUUUUUAUUCUCUUCUCCAUUUUACUUAUGGUGCAGAAUAUUUAAAAAUGAAUCAAAUCAUUGAAUCAGAAUACAAAUAUGAUGAUGAAGAUGACGAGACUAUGGCAGAUAAAGUUAUGUCAUAA